UUGGGUAGCUAUUUCACUUGUAGCAGGAGUCCAUAAAAUGAGUGUGUGUUUCAUUCCACAGGGUAUUUGUGUAGCGUUAUAUCUAAUCAGACUAAUAAUUUCAAUUGUAUGUCUGGAUUUGUAUCUGUUUGUCAGUUUAGUGUAAGCAGUGCUGAAAUGACGACGUACUCCUACAGGAUGGUGUCGUUUUCGCUAAAUAUAUGGUCUAGAAAUGUUAACAGCUCAAGAAAGUACGCCAAACUUAGUUACAUUCACAACGUAGGCAAAGAGCCAUUACGACCCUUAACUAUAGGGCAGUUAUUAGAACAAGCCUCGAAAACGUACGGUGACAGAGCGGCAUUAAUUUCCCGUCAUCAGCGUAAGAAACUUAGUUUUGAAGACGUACUGGAUCGGGCGGAUAGGCUAGCCGCCGGACUUACAACUGCAGGCUUAACUUACGGCGACAGAGUGGGCUUGUGGGCACCAAAUACCGAGGAAUGGUACACAACUUACAUGGCAUGUGCAAGAGCUGGUUUGCUAUUGGUAAACAUAAACCCGGCUUACCAAGCGAAAGAAAUCGAGUACUGCAUCAACAAAGUUGGAAUCAAAAGCAUCGUCUGUCCGCACAAAUAUAAGAGCCAAAAUUACUAUGACAUUUUGAACACUGUUUCGGAUGAAGUCUUCCAGAGUGAACCCGGAAAACUGGAAUGUAAAAUUAUGCCGUCUCUGAAGAGCGUCAUUGUAACCACCGAAGAAACACUAGGCGGGGCAUACACAUAUAAUGAAAUAAUGGCACUCGCAAGCACAAACUCCAUACAAAAGAUAAAGUCCAAUCAACAUUUAAUUCAAUCAGACGAGCCUUGCCACAUACAAUUCACGUCAGGUACUACUGGACAUCCAAAAGCUGCAAUACAAAGCCAUUUUCAAAUAGUGAAUAACUCCUAUUUCAUCGGAAAGAGGAACGAACUCGAUAGAAAACACCACACCAUAUGUGUACAGGUACCAUUUUUCCACGUAUACGGUACUGUCGCCACUAUUGCGGCUGGAUUGAAUCACGGGGCUACGCUAGUACUACCGUCGGCUGGUUAUGAUCCGGAUAAAUCUCUAGAUGCUAUAAGAGACGCAAAGUGCACUGUAAUCCAUGGCACCCCGACCAUGUACGUAGAUCUAGUGCACAAACAGGUAGAAAGAAAAGAACAAAUUAACCCGGAAAUUGCUAUUUCGGGAGGAGCGUCAUGCCCACCCCAACUGCUUAAAGAUAUGAAGAACAUAUUAAAAGUAGAUAAAGUCAAAUCAGUUUUUGGGUUGACAGAAACUACAGCUGUGGUUUUCCAAUCUUUAUUGACGGACGACGAGUACUUAUCGACUUCUACAGUGGGGUAUCCUCAUGACCACAUAGAAGCAAAAGUGGUCGAUCCUGAAGGCCGAAUAGUCCCUAGAGGGUCACCUGGAGAGCUAUGGACUAGAGGUUACUCCAAUAUUCCUGGCUACUGGAAUGAUCCUGACAAAACCGCAGAGUUAAUUGGACCUGACCGAUGGUUAAAAACUGGGGACCAAUUUGUUAUUGAAGAAAAUGGGUACGGAAGAGUCGUCGGUAGGCUGAAAGAAAUGAUCAUCAGGGGAGGUGAAAACAUAUUCCCGAAAGAAAUAGAAGACUUUUUAAUAACUCAUCCAGACAUACUUGAAGUUCACGUUAUAGGCUUGCCACAUGAGCGUCUCGGCGAAGAGGUCUGUGCGUGCGUGAGGCUUAAAGCUGGUGCUACACUUGAAUUGAAGGACGUAAAGGAAUUUUGUAAAGGGCGCAUAGCUCACUUUAAAAUACCAUCGGUGAUUAGAGUGGUCGAUUCGUUUCCGAAAACAGCAUCGGGAAAAAUCCAGAAGUUUAAGUUGAAGGAAAAAUAAAUGUUUAUACGUAAUAAUUAUAUUGCUGUGCAAAUAAAUAAUAA